ACUUCACCACGAGCACUGAACGAUGUCUGGACGUCAAGGCGGAAAGCUGAAGCCUCUCAAGGCGCCAAAGAAGGAGAAGAAAGAAGUAGACGAGGACGAGGCUGCGGCCAAGGACAAGAAAAAGCAGGAGGAGGCUGCGUUAAAGGCUGCUAGGGAGAAAGCGUUGAAGGGUGGUGCACCCGGUGGUGGGAUCAAGAAGUCUGGAAAGAAAUAGUCCAAUCCACUCGAUACAUCUUGGCCUCGUUUCCUAUCAUCUUUGUCUCUGUGAAGUCUUCGGCAUUCCCUCACAAUCGAACUUCGCCCUCUGCGUCCAUCCCCUUGCGCGAUAUAUCCGAAACCUUUGGCCAUGUACCCUCAAUCGCUGAUGUAUUAUAUCGUCCUGCGCGCAACGGUGUACGCUGAGCAGGUGAAUCAAGGUUAAUCAUGAUUGUUGGAUAUAGCCCUCUCUUUGUUUGGCCAUCGAUCUACGGUGUCAGCAUAUAAACGACGGUCUUUC